GGCAUGCCUUGGGCUUGGCGAGCUCAUCCAGAGGAUGGAUCAAUCGCAACUUCAGAAGGCACAAGCUGAUGAAGCCCUGAUCCUUGCCCAGAAGCAGCUCCAAGAGGCGCAAGAGGCCUUCCGUUUGGAGAAGAAGGCAUUCGGCAAAAUCCUCGAGAACAGCAUGGUGGUGGCCAGAGCUGAGGGUAGAGCCGAUGCCAAGAAGAUGGCAGCUGAGGCUGCCAAGAAGGCUGCUGAGGACGCAGAGGCCGCCAGGGAAGAAGCUGUGGCCAAGGCCUGGGGGAUGCCGUUGCUGCCUUCAUCACCGAGAAGUGGAAGACCGAGAGGCCCAAGGAGUGGGUGGCUUCUGUGGUGGAGGCCUCGGUGGAUGAGUGGGUGAAGGGCCCCGGGGCCAUGUGGCUAGCCCGCAAGGGAAAGGAGUAUUAUGACAGGGGCGAGUUCUUUACUCAAGCCCUCAUAUACCGGAGGCUAGCCCGGCACAUGGGAGUGG